AUGGCGGGUAAACGACGCCGUAACGCAAAGAAGCUAAAGGAUCCUCUGCCAGGAAGUCCCAAUGAGCCGCUUGAGCCUUCUCCUACUGAAUCCCCGAAGGGCAAGUCACCGUCCGAUACCCGACCGUCCAGAAGGCCCUCGGUGCACCUGACAGCUGAGGACUUUGAUAAAUAUCAAAGCCAUUGUCAUCGCAUGAAACUCAGUCAAGUGGGAUACUACCCCGAUACGAAUGCAGUCAUAAUAGAUUAUCGCAACAUCCAAGAUGAAGUCCACUUCUGGACUGAUGCAUUUGUUUGUGUGGAUACACCAUCCCUUUCCAGAGUACAGAAACAGAUGAUCAUUCGAAGACUUGAUAAAUACUGUAUCCAAGAAUCUUGGACUAAGAUUCAGUCCCUCCUCUCUCCCUCAUAUCGUGCUGUAUUUCACUCAUGUCUGGCCGAAGCAAUGAUUUACCAAACGAUAUUCACUCAUUUGCUCGAGAAGCCGUUCAGGUUCCUAGAUGGGAAACGUGAUGGAUCUGACAAGACUGGAGACUUGUCGUUCUCCGAACGAAUCCAGUAUCUGUAUGAAAGAUACUACGAAUCAAGCCCGGUCAAUGCUGUAUGGUGGAAGUCGGUCACACUCAGUCUUGCCAACCUGAAAGAAGACGAUAUGGCCAAGUCCUCUCGGGACAAAACACCUUAUGAAUUUGGAGACAGGAGCCGCAAGCGGCAGGCAAGCAUGGCAAAAGACCUGGCGGAUCAACUUCUGGCAGACAGUUUGUUCCAGCUGCUCCUGCGUAAGUUGACUGGUGCAGAAGAAGAGACGGCGCGCCGUGAGCGCCUGGUGAAAUUAUUUCAGGACAUUGCACGAGCCCUUACCAACCACGAGGUUAUGCUGGGUGGACAGGUGAAGGUCCAUCAGCUUCCUGAGUUGGAGCAAUUUGAUACUUCUACGGGGCUCAUGUUCUCGGCAAAGUUUCAAUCCGAGGAGCAAGAGGAUCCUCCACUGUACGUCCCCAAGCCACGCGGCCGGGUGAUCCUCGUGGUUCGGCCGGGAGUGUGCCGGUACGAUACUCCAAUCCAAUACGUACCAUUCAGCCAUCGGCCUCUACGACUCGAGGAACUGGAGGAGGAGCCUACCUCCUGGUUAAUUUGUAAAGCUGAGGUUUUGAUGGAAACAGUGAGAACUGACCGCUCAUCUGACAAAUUUGAGUCUGACCCCGAGGACAAAGAUGUCCGCUUCUAG